AUGUGGGAGCCGCGACCCCUCCUUCUGCUGCUGUCGGGGGUUCUGGCCCUGACCCAGACCCGGGCGGGUCCCCACUCCCUGCGUUAUUUCUACACCGCCGUGUCCCGGUCUGGCCGCGGGGAGCCCCGCUACACCGAAGUCGGCUAUGUGGACGACACGCAGUUCGUGCGCUUCGACAGCAACUCGGCGAGUCAGAGGAUGGAGCCGCGGGCGCCGUGGGUGGCGCAGGAGGGACCCGAGUACUGGGAGCGGGAGACGCGGAUCGCCAGGGACAACGCACAGACUUAUCGAGUUGACCUGAACACCCUGCGCGGCUACUACAACCAGAGCGAGGCGGACUCUCACACCCUCCAGGUGAUGUACGGCUGCGACGUGGGGUCCGACGGGCGCUUCCUGCGCGGGUACAGUCAAUACUCCUACGACGGCGCCGACUACAUCGCCCUGAACGAGGACCUGCGCUCCUGGACGGCGGCGGCGGGCACGCAGGCUUGGCGAACCCAGCAAAAGUGGGAGCAGGGGGGUCAGGCUGAGUACAUGAGGAACUACCUGGAGAACAUCUGCUUGCCUUGGCUCCUCAGACACCUGGAGAACGGGAAGGACACGCUACUCCGUGCAGAAGCCCCCAGAAGAUAUAUAACCCACCACCCCUUCUCUGACCAUGAAGUCACCCUGAGAUGCUGGGCUCUGGGCUUCUACCCUGCUGAGAUCACCCUGACUUGGCAGCGUGAUGGAGUGGAUCUAACCCAGGACACAGAGUUGGUGGAGACCAGGCCUUCAGGGGAUGGAAAUUUCCAGAAGUGGGCAGCUGUGGUGGUGUCUUCUGGAGAGGAGCAGAGAUACACAUGCCAUGUGCAGCACCAGGGGCUGCCAGAACCUGUCACCCUGAGAUGGGAGCCCCCUUCUCAGUCCACCAUCUUCAUUGUGGGUAUCAUUGUUGGCCUGGUUCUCCUCGGGGCUGUGGUCUCUGGAGCUUUGGUGGCAGCUGUGAUCUGCAGGAAAAAGUGCUCUGGUGAGAAAGGAGGAAAGUACAUUCAGACUGCAAACAGCGAAAGUUCUCAGGGCUCUGAUGCGUCUCUCUCAAUCCCUAGAGUGUGAGACAGCCUCCCCACUGCGUUUCCUCACAUUGCAAUGUUGUGACUCAAGAACUGCUGAUUCUCUUCCUAACCUGGGACCUUAGUGUGUCUGUGUCCUGUC